AUGGAUGACCGCUGCAAGUCGUUCAACUACAACGACUGCAACGAAAAGUGCGAGUUGAACCUUGCCACAAGACGAGAGCAUCCCGAAGACUUCAAUGCAACUCAAGGGAGUGUGUACUUUGAUGCAGAUGAGGACACACCUCUCUACUCGAUGAGGCGACAAGAUGGCAGCGUGGACUUCUGGCGUAACUGGGACGAGUACCAGUCUGGCUUUGGCGAUCUGUCCGGUGAGUUCUGGUUGGGCAACGACAACUUGGUGACUCUGACGUCUGAUGAUUUACAAGGAACAUGGGAGCUACAAGUUGAUUUAGGGGACUGGGAGAACAACACAGUUUGGGCAAAGUACACCGAUUUCAAACUAUCCCCUGGUGAGUACCGUCUGAAUUAUGACUGUUACGAUAUGAAGAGCACCGCUGGUGACUCUAUGCGGAUCAGCAAGGGUUUUCCCUUUACUACAAAGGACAAGGACAAUGAUGUCUAUGGCAGAAAUUGUGCUCGUAUCCAUAAAGGAGCCUGGUGGUUUAAUGCGUGUAUGGAGUGUCACUUGAAUGGUAUCUAUUACCCAGAGAAGAUACCGGGUAUUGACUGGGGCAUUUAUUGGUGGCAUUGGAAAAAACUAUCAGUUACUCCUUGA